AUGAGCUCAACCGACGAGGCUUCGGUUCAGGAAGAUGGUUUUGGCCUGGACGGUGUGAAGCGCACCAUCGUCACCAGUGCAGGCCCCAGAGCCACACGGGUACCGGGCCUGGGCCUUGAGCUGGGGCCCCCGCGGAGUGGGGAGGGCGAGGGCGGCCUCCCAGACCCUGAGGGCUAUGAGUUCGAGUUGGAGGCCCAGGGGGAACAGCUAGAGGCAGGAGGGGCGGUGCUGCGGGUUGGCGAAGGCAGGCCUGGCUCCAUGGCUGAUAAGAAGGGGGAUGCCCUGGACUUCGUGCCCCACCUCGCUGUGGAGUCUGUGGCCAGCGUGCAGCAGCUGACAGGCCAGGAGACCCCGGCCGCCCACAGAUACCUGUCCCCGGAGAGCUGGGUGGCUGAACUGUCCGCCAUUUGGGCUAACGCAGAGGCAGGCCCCAGCCGGAGAUGGGCGCUGGCCCCAGGUUCCUUGGAAACACUGCAGGCCCCAUCUGCUGCCCCUCUGCGUCACCCCAGUGGGCCUCAGGUGGGACAGGCCUGGGGGAACCCCGGGAGAGGCACCAAAACUAGGAUGAUGGGCAGUGGGGAAGCCCAGUUGCCCCCUUCUGAUCCUGAGUCUUCAGAUGAAUUCACUGAGAUACAGCUGGUGAGGGUGAGCCUUUGCCCGAAAGAAGGAGGCCAGACCAGUUCCAGCAGCCCCAGGGAACCGGGAGACACAGCCAACUGCGCCUGUGUAGGGACCAGAGGGAAUUUCCUUCAAAUACCUACCUCUCUGCCGACCUCUGCUCCCAGCCGACUCACCUCUGCCAUGGAAAGGCAGGCCUUGGGAGAGCUGGCAUCCUGUUCCUCCAAGAAAAGGCAAAGCGUGAUCUGGGGCAAGGGAGGGAGCAGGCCCAGCUACCCUGGAGCAGCAGCUGCUGCUGUUGCUGCUGCUGCUGCUGCUCCUCUUCCUCCUCCUCCUCCUCCUCCUCCUGCUACUUUUGCUUCAGGAGGCCUGCCCAGGGCCACUCCUAGGAAGAAGGCCAUCCAGGAGAAGAAAUCCCUGGGGAGUGGCUCAAAAUUUAGCCUGGGCAGGGUCUUCCCUAUAUGGGGGCAGAGACUCAAAGCCGCUCCUCUGGAAACGGCCACCCUUCCCCCAAUCCCGGGUGUUCCCCUGUUUGGGAGGUCCAAGAGGUAUUCCUUGGUGCCCUUGGAACCCAAGCAGCCCAAGCACAGUGGCACUGCAAAGAGAUCUAUGGCGAAGAAGACACAGGAAUCCCAUCCUGUGACUGGUGAUGAUAAUGACCCAAAUAGAGCUACAGUUCCAACAGCCCAAUGUCCAGCACACCGGCCGGGGACACCUUGCCUGUGCAUGCAUCGUGGAGACUUCAACAGUGGUGACCCCAACACCAGAGCCCCCCAGCCUCCGGCAAGCUCCCAGCCCUUGGACCUGAGUCAGGGAGGCCUCACCCCCAGAGGCCCUGCCUCUGCGGUCAUGCAGUCCCUGGAUGACAAGUUCCAGGUCUUCUGA